GCCGCAGGGAAAGACAACAGCCGCCGCCAGCCCGCCCGGGCCGUGGAGAAGUGAGGCGCCGCCCGGGACGCCCGCGAAGAAGAGCGAGCGGGAAGCAGGAGCAGGCGUGAAGGCGCUCACCCGAGGAAGGACGCGCUUUUUCCUUCUGCCCCGUCCACCCUGUGAAAGAGCUAAGUCAAGCGCGGCAUGGCCGGUGGAAUCAGCAACUUCUGCUCAGCGGCGCUCUGGCUUUGCGGCACCCUGUGCCUCUCCAGCCUGCCGCUUCUGCGCGGCGCGCAGCGCCAGGAGGACACUCUCUACAUGUGGAUUGACGCUCAUCAAGCCCGCGUGCUGAUCGGCUUUGAAGAGGAUAUUCUGAUUGUUUCGGAAGGGAAGAUGGCCCCAUUCACUCAUGAUUUCAGAAAAGCCCAACAAAGAAUGCCAGCUAUCCCUGUCAAUAUUCAGUCUAUGAAUUUCACCUGGCAAGCGACUGGAAGGGCUGAAUACUUUUAUGAGUUCCUCUCUUUGCGCUCUUUGGAUAAAGGCAUAAUGGCUGACCCAACUGUAAACAUCCCUCUACUUGGAAUGAUACCUCACCAAGCCUCAGUUGUUCAAGUUGGAUUUCCUUGCCUUGGAAAACAAGAUGGAGUGGCAGCAUUUGAAGUUACAGUAAUUAUAAUGAAUUCAGAAGGCACUAUCAUACUGCAAACACCACAGAAUGCCAUCUUCUUUAAAACAUGUCAACAAGCUGAAUGUCCUGGAGGAUGCAGAAAUGGAGGAUUUUGUAAUGAAAGGCAUGUCUGUGAAUGUCCAGAUGGAUUUUAUGGUCCUCACUGUGAAAAAGCUCUGUGUACACCACAUUGCAUGAAUGGAGGACUCUGCGUCAUGCCUGGAUUGUGUAUCUGUCCACCUGGUUUCUAUGGCAUCAACUGUAACAAAGCAAACUGUACAAACAUCUGUUUCAAUGGAGGAAUAUGCUUUUAUCCAGGAAAAUGUAUUUGUCCUGCAGGUCUGGAGGGGGAUCAGUGUGAAAUCAGCAAAUGCCAUCAGCCAUGUCGAAAUGGAGGUAAAUGUACUGGUAAAAAUAAAUGCAAGUGCUCCAAAGGCUAUCAGGGGGACCUUUGUUCAAAACCUGUCUGUGAACCUAGCUGUGGAUUAUAUGGGAUCUGUAUUGAGCCAAACACAUGCCAAUGUCAAGAUGGCUGGCAUGGAAGGAACUGCAAUAAAAGGUAUGGAGCCAACCUUCUUAAUGCCCUGAGGCCAACAGGCACCAAGCACAGGCAGCACACGCCUUCACCUAAGCAGGCUGAAGAGACCCAAGCGGUCCCGGAAUCCAAUUAUAUCUGGUGAAUGGCAACUUCUGAAAUGUUUUGCAUUACACAACGUUCUAGCCUCCAUUAACCUGUCAUGUGUUCAAUAUUAAAAAUGGUGUUCAUUAUGUUUUAAGAUUACUGGCCUGAAUUUUAUUAGCUUCAUUAUAAACCCCAGAGCUGAUACUUACUAUUCUUUUAAACUUUUAUUUCUCUAGCACGGUUAUAUAGGCUUCCUGUUUUCAGUGCUUUUGACUGAUUUCUUUUUGUACUAUAUUUCAGUUCUUUAUUGAGAUAAUAGUUUGUGUGUGUGUGUGUGUGUGUGGGUGGGUGCGCAUGCUCAGAAAUUCCUCAGAAUAAAUUGAUGGUCCAUAAGGAUGAAUUUUAAAACGACAGCCUAGAACAUACAGUUUUUCUUGUACUCAACCUAGCUUAAACAAGUAGAAGAAAUAGAAAUUGAGGUUGGAUUUCUAUUUCAGAGUGAAGGGCUUCUAGUAUUUUGUUUAAUUUUUUUUAACUUAAAAUCAAUUUGUUUCCACAAUAUGCUCUAUAUGAAAUGCAACAGGACUGUGGCAUUGAAACAUUAUAAUAUAUUGGAAAUAAAGUGGAAUUAUGAACUCACUCUUUGCAUUGGCUUAUAG